CCGCUGGCUAUCGAGGUGGUGUCCAGAUAAUGAUGUGGGCUUUGUGGAUUACGGGCAGUCUUUCUGGGGAAGACCUGGUCUGAUUCGGAGAGACGGCAUUCAUCCCACUUGGGAUGGAGCAGCUCUCAUUUCUGGAAAUCUUGACAGAUUUAUUAGUGGACCUAAUCCUUGACAAUCCAUAGUUGGGACCAGGAGGCAGAGUCCCAGUCUAACACACUUCUCUGCUCCUUUAUUCCAGGUGUUACCUAGUAAAAACCCCAUAGUGACGGUGUCUGCCCCCCGACCAUUAAAAUUAUUUAAAUCAAAGGUAAACAGAAGGGGAGCUGUGCAUGAAAACCUCAUAACAAUUAAAACCACAAGUGCAAUAGUGCAAAAGAAUAGGAGAAUUAAAUGUGGACUCUUAAACAUCAGAUCUCUCUCUUCUAAAGGGGUACUAGUAAAGGAAUUAAUAUCAGAUUCUAAUAUUGAUCUAUUCUGUCUUACUGAAACCUGGCUGGGUGAUGGAGAAUAUGUUAGUCUAAAUGAAUCCACCCCCCCAGUCAUAUUAAUACUCACAUUCCUCGAGGCACAGGCCGAGGAGGUGGAGUUGCAGCCAUCUUCGAUUCUAGUCUACCAAUCAGCUCUAAACCUAAACUAAAUUAUGACUCAUUUGAAAGUCUUGUUCUUAGUCUUUCACACCCAAGUUGGAAAUCAAUGCAACCAAUUCUAUUUGUUAUAGUGUACCGAGCACCUGGUCCAUACACAGGAAAAACCGGAGAGUAUUUUUUCCAGAGUAACUAUUAUUUUCCUCUAAGGGAAUACCAUUGAAUCAUUUUGGAGUGUAAAUAUAACCUACAGCCACUAGAGUGAGAGCAAAGAUACAGAAUAAAUUCUAUUGGAGUAAUGUAGCAUGGCCACACCCACUAACGUUCCUUAAGUUUCGAUUCUGCCAUACCUAACAGUCUUUCGCGCACUUGAAAAGAGCGGACUGACCCGAGGAACUUGCAGAACAGAAGACCUUUUCCCAAUUUCAUUUCGGCAUGAAAUGCCAGGUAACUUUACGUUUAUUAUUAUAAUUGUUUAACUUAAUGUGUGUAAGGUAACAUUGUUGAGCAACAAUAGCAUUGCAGUGUAACGUUAGGCUAGCUAGCUUACUGAACUGUUGGGCAUUAGUCAGAUGUUAACGUUAGCUUAACAUUACACUAGCUAGCAAAAGCUACUUUUGGCAGUUUAUGGGCAAUAUUAAUGCCAAGUGAAUCAGUGCAACUUUUUUUUCCCAGUAAAGUGUGGUCAUGCAACACGUGUGUUUUACUCUGGACAGAGUUGGACAAUUUUUAGAAGUUUAAUGUAACAGUCUCGGUUUUUCUGUUAGGCGGACAGUGUUCGGUGAAGUUUGGUAGUGCAACACGUGUGUUUCUCUGAACAGUCUGACAAUUUGGUUGAUUUUACACAAGUAACAGAGUUUUGAGUUUUCUGUUAGGCGGGACAGUUUUUAUUUUAAGUUUAGUAUUGCAACACGUGUGUUUUACUCUGAACAGAAUCGGAUAGUUUCUUUUAAAAGUUAGGUUGAUUCAACACAUGUAACAGAGUCAUGCAACACGUGUGUUUUACUCUGAACAGAGCACUGCACUGGGUUGACUGCUAAAACAAACUUCAGCUGGGCUUGACUAGCACGUUAUGCUUGGAAAACUGAAUAACGGAAGCAAUUGGCGUUUACAAAUGUAGCUAAUGUUCAACUAAUUGUAACAGUCCUAUUUUUUGUUGUUUGAAAUGUUCCUUUUUUAUAAUAGUUCAUCACAGUGGAGUUAUAACAUUACUUCAUACAUAUUUGUUUGAUGUUUACAUACAAUGGUAUUAUUAAUUGUUCAUUUUAUUUUAUUUUCAUCAAGGAUGCAGGCUCUACGAGUAAAGUACAGAGAUCAUCAGAAGUACAUUUGUUUUGAGGGGCAACUGACCUUCAAAUCCUUUUUGGAUUGCGUUGCCAAAAAAUUUGACAUUCCCACCUUGGACUUAAAGGUCUAUGAUGAAUCUCAGACUGAAGUUGACGAGGAGGUGUUUGAGUUUCUUCUAAUGAAACAAGACCUUGGUGUGCUGGAGAUUUGUUUACCCCGAAGCCCAAAUCUUGAUGAUUUGUUGAGCUCCCCUGCAAGCAGUUCCUUUGGAAACUUGAGUGGAGACAAUUCAAAGGACUCGGAUGACACCAUUAUAUUGCAGCAAAGUCCUGAUACAAGAAAGAGAGCUGAGGAUGCUCGUCUAGGUCAGAUGAUCGAAGGCGUUCUCAAAAACAAACCUGGAGGAGAGAGGAUCUUGAAUGAGUAUGCCCGGACAAAAAGCCUAACAGAUAGCAGAAGACGCGAUAUGGUCAAGAUAUUGGUUGCUCAUAUGACAAGUGAACAUGGGACCAGUCCUUCGAGACAUAUUAAAGAGGAUUAUGCAAAGGGAAUCACUGCCUUGUUUCCAUACCUGGCUGAUCCUAGGAGCAAGUUUGGCUAUGAGCAUUUUUACAAUGCAGAAGAUGGGAGUGGGUAUCUGGCAUGGAGACUGAAAUUUGUUCAAAAGGAAUCAUCAGAGGGACAAAAGAAGACCCCACGUCAGUCACUGACAGGUGGUCCAAUAGCUGAUAGAGAGCCCUACAGAGAGGAAAACUGGCUAACCACAGAAAGCCUGUGCUGUGAGGCCAUUGCACUGAUGAAGCAUACAGCUGAUGAAGCAAUUGUCAAGGAGAAGAUGAAGCAGACAUUCAGCUAUCGUCAAAAGAUGGUUCAUGACCCAAUUAAGGCCUCUGAAAUAUUCACAGCUUUUCCAAGAUUCCUAGACAUAGCAGGAAUGAUUGAGCAGGAUUUUAAUCUUAUGUUUGGUGGUGCCACCUCUGCAAAGUUCCUGGAGAAGUGGCCCACUGUCUACAAGCAGAAAGUCCUUGAACAAAGCCGUGGCCUCACACAGACAGGGGAACUUCAAGACCUGGUUCAAAAUGCUGAGUCCACAACAGAAGUGGAAAAUGGAUGGGACAAUGACAUGUCAUCCAUUUUGGUUCUUGUCCACCUUUUGCCACCGUCUCCCCAUGGCCGCAAGCGACCAGGAAAGCUCUCAGCCAAACAAGCCAGUGACCAUCUUGUAAAGUUCAUCAAGACUGGGACCAGUGUCCAAGGGCAUCUGGACAGCAUCAUGGAAUGUCUUCAACCCUAUCUGCUUGCUGUGGGGACCAAGAGAAGUGUAAUUCACACUUACUUCAUUGUGAUUGACAAACAUGCAAUACCAUGUAAGUCACCAGACUCUCUUGCCUGUUUUGAUGAGCUUUUCAAAGCCCAUUUUGUCUUUGGUACCUCGUACAACCCAGAUCUGGCAAACGUGUACAACUUUUUGCAAACCACCAUUUAUGAAAUAGAUGUUGAUUCCACUAAGGUGAAUCCUAGGGUUGCAGAGGUGAGGGCUCGGAUGCUGCGCUGAGUCAAAACCUAAGAUGUUGUGUUUCAUUUGCAAAAGCCACCAGGCAAAUGCCAAUUCCCUAACA